AACGACAGAAGAAGCAGCAGCAGCAGCAGCAGCAGCAGAGAGAGCCGCGACUCCUCUUGCUUCUUCGCCUUGUUCGCGCAUCGGCGAGGCGGAGGCUGAGACUUGGAGCAGAGCGCCUCGGGGUUGCGAACUCGUGCACCUGCGGCCGCAGCAGCGACGACGGGAGGACUCGCAAAGCCAGAGGAGGAGCUCUGAGGAGGAGGAGGAGGAGGAGGAAGGAGGAAGGAGGAGGAGCAAGGAGGAGACGACGUUUUGCAAGUAUGCAACGGACGACGGCCAGUCAAUGAGGAGGAGGAGGAAGAGGAGUAGAGGUAGGGAAGAAGGCGAUGCGCUCGAGUAGAGUCGCGAGUACGAGCGGGUAAUCGAGCAUUCUUGUUUCGUGGGAUUGUGUAAUUUCGGGAAUUAUUAUCGCCUCGGCGUGAAUUUACCUUCGCCUAUGUGCGAAUGGUGUAGGGAGUGAGAGCGAGGCAGAGGGAGAGGGAGAGGAAGAGAGCCCGAGAGCCCGAGAGCCGGGGAGCCGGGGAGGGAGAGCUACGUUUUUCGUGCCCUGAGGCGAGGAGCAGACGAGAGGGGUUUUGGGGGAAAUCCUCAAUUGGGGCACGAUCGCACUGAUGAGAGCUAGCGCGUCGGUUUCAGCUUUGGGACGUGUAUGUGUCCGAUGAAGUUCGAGGCCGGCGAGCCCAAUCAUGGAGCCGCAAUGAGCAUGAUUCUGCUGCUGAUCGAUGGUGCAACAUUCUGAUCUCCAGUGCCGCGAGAGCAUUGACACUCAAUUUCGCAUCCGUUACUUAAGGGUGGGAAGUCUUGGCCGAGAGGACAGUGCGAGAUUGCGAGCAUGCGUCUAGAGACAUCGAUCGUGCGGGGAAGUCUCAGGUCUCUAGUAGUAGUGGGAACGACGUCAAUUGUUGCUCAAGAUGCGCAGAGAGCUGGACAACAAUCGACAUAAUUCCGUCUCAAUUUGCGUCAAGAGAUUAGAUUGUGGAACAGCUUCGUCGAUUGAGCCAAUGGGACCAGCUGCUGCGCGAAAUGGAGACACUGCAGAAAUGAUUUACAGAGAGUUUCCCGGAGCGAGGAGGGCCAAGGGAAUGAGUGGCAAGAGUAUGCAGGUGGCAGCAUGGUUGACGUGCCUUCAGUUUGCCUUCGCUCUUUAUGCCACAUUCCUUCUGUACUUCAUGAGUCCCUCCGUGGAUCUCUUGAACCCGCGACCCGACAUUACAUGGGUCACUCAAUUUGCGAAGAUUGCCAACCUUCCCUUUCGUUCGUAUGGAGGAAGAGGUCCUGCCUCCAUCAAGCUCGAGCAACAAGCAUCCCCCAUGCUCAGCAAACCUUUGGUCUGUGAGACAGAAACGAUCACCUUCGAGCAGAAGAAAUCGAAUGACUCGAAAAUGAUAGGGAUGAAAUCCGGCCUGUACAAUGAGAUUAUCGAGUUCCAGCAACGGACCAGAGGAUGUGAGACGAUUGACGAGCUAAUGAAUCUUCCGUCGACGAGUUCCGGAAGAGUGAAGCCCAAAGUCACCGUUGUGCUCAAUCAUUUUCAGAGGAAGACGCUGUGCGCCCAGUUGGAUGCGCUGCUGGACCAAACUCUCCCCUUCCACAACAUCUGGGUCCUCGCGUUCGGGAGCCCAAAUGAGCAUUCUCUACGCCGCAUUGUGGAGACGUACAACGACUCCCGGAUCUCUUUUGUGGGAUCCACAUAUGAUUUCAAGUACUACGGGCGAUUUCAGAUGGCUCUACAAGCAGAGGAAUCUGACUAUGUGUACAUGUUGGAUGAUGACAUGAUACCAGGCAGGAAAAUGCUGGAAAUUCUCUCUCAUGUUGCCGGUACAGAAAAGUAUCACAAUGCUGUGCUCGGGAGCAUCGGUCGAGUUCUUCCGUUCCGACAGAAGGAUUACAGUUUCCCCAGCUACCGAAAGCCCGGGUCCAGAGAAGCUGGAAUCUACAUUCCAGAUCCAGCUUACAACAUUAUCGUCGAUCGAAUGGUGCAGGUGGACUUCUUGUCGAGCUCGUGGUUCUUAUCAGCCGAUCUGGUUAAGACAUUGUUCGUCGAAACUCCUUUCACGUUUCAGACAGGAGAAGACCUUCAUCUGAGUUAUCAGUUGCAGAAGUACAGAGAUGCUGGGUCCUUUGUGGUGCCGAUUGAUCCGAACAACAAGGACACUUGGGGCGACAGUGAGCAUCGGCUUGCCCAAGUCUCGGAGACAACUGUCAUUCACAGUAAUAUUGUGAAGAUAAGGGAUGAACAGUGGUGGAGGACUCUUAGUCGUGGAUAUAUGACACAGUGGGCUGCAAUGCAUCCACAACAAUGUGAUGUGCUUUUUUAUGCUCAUUCCUUGAGUGAGGUAGCGGAUCUGGCUCCCAUGAUAUUGCGCUUUCGAGCUACUCCAGGAAAGAAAGCCUACGUGGUGGUGACUGGAGGAGCACACUGUCCCUGUGAGGAGGCAGCCGUUUUGUUGGGGUGGUCGCCUUCAAAUUGUCAUGAGAGACGCUUCAAGAUAUUCGAUCUUGAGGUGGGGUCGAUACACAAGGCAGCAUCUGAAUCUUCGAUAAUCCAAGAGAUUUUUGCCUCAAUGAAGGGCCUGAUCAGAAUCCACAAUCCUUCCCUGAUCUUCACUGUCUCAGAUCUGGACGAUAAGGUUCGGGACGCACUGAAGGUUGCUGCAUCCCGGGGCAACACCACUCUCGUACAGCUACCUCGGGCCUCCAUCAAGCACGCACUUUGGAUUCCAGACGUCAAGUCGGCCUCAUUAAGAAAUUGGAACAAGAUGAAAAUUUCCAUCAACAUCAUCACUCAAAGUCGGCCACGUUCUUUGCAACGGUUGUUGAAUUCCAUUACCACUGCCCACUUCCUCGGCGACACCAUAGACUUCUCUUUCAACAUGGACAGCAAGGUGGAUUCGGAGACACUGAACGUGGUCAACAAUUUCGUGUGGCCCUAUGGGAACAAGGUUGUACGAAGGCGGAUCAUUCAGGGUGGUCUAAUUCGUGCAGUGAGCGAGAGCUGGUACCCUACGUCCGACGACGACUAUGGGUUACUUUUAGAGGAUGACAUCGAGGUGUCUCCCUUCUUUUACAUGUGGCUGAAGUAUGCUCUUCUUGUAUACCGCUACGAUCCAGCCGUGUCGCUUCCAGAACUGAACGCCAUUGCUCUGUACACUCCGAGGGUGGUCGAAGUGGUGAAGGAAAGACCUGUCUGGAACGCCACUGAGUUCUUCAAAUACUCUCAUCCGAAUAUGCCCUACUUGCACCAGCUUCCCUGCAGUUGGGGUUCUCUCUUUUUCCCUCAACGCUGGCGUGAGUUCUACAAAUACAUGGGCAUGCGUUACACUGCAGAUGCCAAAAAGAAUCCAGUGCAGAUACCUCGAUCCAGGACAAAUGGGUGGCAAGCCUCUUGGAAGAAAUUCCUCAUCGAUGUCAUGUACUUGAGGGGUUACGUCACCCUGUACCCAAAUUUCCCCAAUCAAACUAGUUUCUCCACAAAUCAUUUGGAACCCGGUGCACACAUCAACGCAACGGAUAACGUGCUUAAGCAUAAGAGGGAGGACUUCGAAGUUCCUCUAAUAUACGAAGAUUUUUGGCAGCAUUUGCCGAACCAGAAACUCCCUCCUGCUUCCAAGCUUCCCGUCCUGAAUCUUUUCAACCAGGCGGCCAGUUUGAAAGGAUUGAAAGCUGCAGGGGCGAAGUUGGGACAAGACGUGAUGCAGUGUGAGCGCACCCAAGUUGUUGCUGUCGAUCAAGGCACUGGUGAACCUGUACAGUGCUCCACAUUCUAAUCACUCAUCCGUUCUUCCCUGGUUCUGCUGGCACCCUCUGCCUCUUUCUGCAAUUACAGAAGUGGGCGUUGCUCUACUAACCUCCUCCACAGCCUUUGUCAGCAACGUUCUCAUCACCAUUCUUUCAGAAGUUGAAUUUGUUUAUAGUAGUGUGGAGCUAAUGUGUCGCCAGCAAGGAGCCCGCCUUACGCGUGCUCUCUUCUGGAAUAAAAGCCAAGAAGACAAGCACAACCCAUUUGUUUCAUAUGCCCGAAUCGUCGCAACCUCUUCUACACGACUGGGCCGAGCUGAGCUUCUUUUCUCCCCUGUUACCCUCUCGGUUAGUAGUAACUCAUUCUUUCAUUAGCAGUAGAAAGAGGAGAAGAACUUUCAGCUCGGCUCAUACCUUAGAGCGUCAGUGACAAAUUGUGCUCCAACAAACAGCCAAACUUAUGACCAGCCAGGUUAGCUCUCGCGUUUAGAUUGGCGAGGUGAUUUCAGUCCCUUUGAGCUGAAUUUGUGGGCAGACCUAUCUGUCUGCCAGGCACGCAAAUUGCUAAGUGUCCUCGAUUACUUGGGUCUGGAUCUCAUACAUAUAAUGAAAGCUUCAAUUCAUUCUA